AGAUGAACUUCGUCGGGGAUGGAUACUAUAAACUCAAUCGACGUCUCUUGUUAUCAGUUGGCUUAUGGCCGUAUGAGCGUUCAAUCUACAAGUACUGUCAAAUAAUACUUUGUAACAUUAUUGUAAUAAUCACGACGAUUUGCGAGAUUGCGAAAUUGAUGUCAUUAAAACAAAAUGAUGUCAUGCUAAAAGUUCUCUCUCCUAUCAUAAUUUGCUUCAUUUAUAUAAUAAAAUAUCAAACGUUUUGUAUUGUCGCUAGAAAGAUAAGAUAUCUCAUGGAUCAUGUAGAAGAAGAUUGGAAUAUGCUUAAAGAUAAAAAAGAAUUAGAGAUCAUAGAAAAGUACACUUACAUUGGAAGUAUGUGCACUUUGAGUUUGACAAUACUGGGUUUUGUGGGUGUGUUAAUUUAUCUUUUCGUGCCGUUGAUACCAAACAUCCUCGACAUCAUUGCGCCAUUGAACAUCUCGCGUCAACGACAAUUCAUAUUUCCGGGAGAGUUCUUUGUCGAUCAGCAAAAGUUUUUUUAUGCAAUUUUAUUACAACUAGACAUUACAAUAGGCAUAAUAAUCACUACUUUGAUAGGCACUGAAUCGUUGUACGUAACAUACGUACAACAUGCUUGCGCAAUGUUUCAAAUUGCCAGUUAUCGGAUGGAUCAAGCAUUCAAUGAUAAGUUUUUACAAGGUUACACAUCUGAAAAACAACCAAUCAUCAUUUGCAAAAGGAUAAUUGAAGCUAUACGCAUUCACAAAAGAGCUCUCGAGUUUUCCGAAUCCCUGUGGUCUACUCUGGCGAUAUCAUACAGCAUUCUUCUUAUAAUCGGUAUUACAUCUCUAAUUAUUCAUCUUUUCUGUCUUUUUCAAGCAGUUCUGUAUGUAAAGAAAAUUGAUGAAAUCGUAACAUUAAUUUUAUUUACCUUUGGUCACAUUUUGUACUUGUUCUUGGGUAACUACGUUGGUCAAAUUUUAAUAGAUCACAGCGCUGGUAUUUUUCAGAACACAUACGUCAUACGAUGGCAAGGCGCACCUUUACAAGCACAAAAAUUAUUGCCAAUUAUAAUGCAAAGAAGUAUGAGAAGUUGCAAGAUGGUCGUGGGCGGAAUGUUUGUUCCAUCAUUAGAAGGCUUUGCAACGCUUAUGAGCACGACUCUGUCGUAUUUUACGGUACUCUGGUCAGUACAGAAAUAAUGCUAUUAAAAAAAAAUUUUUUUAUAACAUAAGUUGUAGUCAACUCUG